AUGAAACUUGUCUACCUCGUUAUUGCCAUUUUGGCUUUGACAUCCUCUGUUGCCUCUGCCUAUGACCCCAGCCCUUUGCAAGACUUUUGCGUGGCAUUAAAUGACACCAAACUUGGUGGUAUGUAUAAACAUUUCUUAUAUCAUAUGGUAUUUGUGAAUGGAAAAUUAUGCAAAGAUCCAAAACUUGUGAAAGCUGAAGAUUUCUUCAAACAUGUGGACGCUGGAAAUACCACUAACCCACUUGGCGCGCAAGUGACUCCAGUUUUUGUUGAUCAGCUUCCAGGAUUAAACACACUUGGCAUAUCCUUAGCUCGCGUAGAUUUUGCACCCAAGGGUUUAAACUCUCCCCACACUCACCCUCGAGGUACAGAAAUCCUUAUAGUCCUUGAGGGAACUCUCUACGUUGGAUUUGUCACUUCCAAUCAAGACAAAAAUCGUCUCUUUACCAAAGUGCUAAAUAAGGGUGAUGUGUUCGUGUUCCCAAUUGGUCUCAUCCAUUUCCAACUAAAUGUGGGGUAUGGCAAUGCAGUUGCUAUCGCUGCUCUCAGCAGUCAAAACCCAGGAACAAUCACUAUUGCAAAUGCUUUGUUUAAAGCAAAUCCACCUAUUUCUCCACAAGUUCUUACCAAAGCUUUCCAAGUAGACAAGAGCGUAAUUGAUUUACUUGAAAAGCAGUUUAAUUGGUGA